AACUGUAAGCACUUUAAAAUCACACUGCAGCAGCGACUUCUUAGUAAGUCAGAUAACGACAUUCAGGAACAUUAUUCUGUGUCUUGCAUUGUCGAUGAAUUAACAGAAAGUAAGAGAAUGGACUCCAGACUCUUAUCACUCAUUCUGUUGCUACACUUUCCAGGCUCUUUAACUUUGGACAACGUCUCUGUGACCUGUUAUAAAAUUUGUGCUUUGAAGGAGACUCAGGUGACACUGAAAUGCUCUUAUUCAAACAUGAACAUCAAAACUGUGUUCUGGUUCAGUCAGAAACAGAGUACAAACUGGAGAUACAAAGAUGAACCUGAAGAUUUGACUGUAGACUCUGAUUACUCAGGACGUGUGAAACAUCAGAUCACAAACACAAACACACAUUCAACACUCAUAAUUUCAGAUCUAAGAGAGAGAGACUCUGGAGAAUAUCACCUCAUGUUCAUUAUGAAGGAUGGAGUUAAACAUCUCAGCUCAUCAGCAGUCAAUCUGACAGUCACAGAUCUACAGUUGAGAAUGAAUCCUGAAUCUGCAGAGCAGAGAGAUCAAACAGUAAAACUGACCUGUGAAUCUUCCUGCACUUUGACCUCCACAUAUUAUCACACCUACUGGAAGAAGAAUGGACGAUACUUAAAACAUACAUUGUCCAAAAGCAUGUUGGUGACAUUCAGAAAUAAUGCUGACAGUUAUUCCUGCUCUGUUGACCAAGACUUUACAUAUUCCUCAUCUUCUGUGUGCAUUUCUAAGAGUAUGUGCUGGAAUGUGACUUACACCUCUACAAGAGUCUGUGCUUUGGUGGGCUCAACAGUAGACAUUCCCUCUUCAUACUCACAUCCAGCUGGUUAUACAGUAAUUCAAGCAUUCUGGUAUUACGUUCGUCCUGGGGAUUUAUUGGACCUACAUGAAGAGCCGGGAUUUGUUGGUCGUGUGGAGUAUUUGGGGAACACACUGAGAAUCAAAGACGUAAAGAUAAGCGACUCUGGAGAAUAUCGAUUCAGGAUCAUCACUAACAUAACCAACGGCAAAUAUUCCGGUUCACCCGGAGUCAAUCUUACUGUCACAGAUACGCAAGUGACAAGCAGCCCAGCCACUGUAUCAAUGGAAGAGACAAUUAUAUUAAGCUGUUCAACCAAAUGCACUCUGAAUAACAAUCACAUUUACAUUUGGUACAAGAAUGGACAACAGGUAACAGAUGGAGUCACAAAAUUAAACAAGUUGUACCUGGACUCAGUCAGUAGAGAGGAGCUGCAAGAGUAUUCCUGUGCAAGUGUACAAGGCCCAGAGGAGAGCACACUAUUACAAAACACAGCAGUCAUACUGUCUGUCUUUCUGAACCUUGCACUUAUAGGAGCACUUAUAGGAGUCCUGUGGUAUAGGAGGAGAAGGUGUACCCUGUCUAAAAACCACAGGGAAGCAAAUGAGGAUGUACUGUAUGAAUCUGUGCACCACGGCACUACAUCCUCUGACCUCAUGCUGAAAGUUGAUUCUGACAAUCAAGACAUUCAUUAUUCCAGCAUUCAUUUCAGACAUUCUAAAACAAAGCACACAUCUUCAGUCUCCACUGCUGUGUGUCCAGCAGACACCUCAGAUGGUGAUGCGGUUCACUAUGCAACUGUAACUUUUAGUUAAUCCUUUAUUCUCAAAUGGGCAUGUGAGAAAAAUUAAUUUUAAAAUAUUACUUAGAACAGUCUUGACUAACACACAAUGGGUAUCAUUUGAAAGCUUAGAACCUCUACUUUACAAUUCAUGUAGUUAUUAUGACCAAAAUUGAACAAGUACUUUGAAAUUUGCAGACAAAUCAGAAGUGUUUUGUUUCGAUAAUUUAUAAAAAAGAAAAUUGCACUACACAUUUAUUAUUAUUGGUAAAGACAUCAAACUGAUCAAAUAACCAUGUGUCAUAUGUCAUUGGAAAGCUCCCAAAGAGUAGAAUACAACAAGUAUAUUUUUGUAUUCACAGAAAAAAAUAUACCUGUGUAAUAGCUAAGUAUGUAUCUUUGACAUACAUUUUAAAUUUGUAUUUGCUGCGUUUUUGCUUAUAACUUUGCAAAAAAUAAACGGAACAUAAAAUAUCACAUACCAUUA